UAAAGAUGAGUCAUGGGCAGCGACGCCGGCGUGGGAGCAGCGCUGCUUCGCUAUUUGUUGUGGCCUUAAAAAUUGAAUUGAAGCAUUACCGUUUAGGCAACUAAAAGUGUUGGACGGCGACAAGGCGAGCUCUCUUUUUGGAAAAAGCGGCAGUUACACACAAAAAACAAUGUUCGAUUUCAACUUGGAAUUUGCGCGUGGCGGCGCCACCUUCACCACGGAACUGUUUCAUCUACUGGCCGCGGGGGGCGUUAAGCAAAACAUUGUUUUUUCGCCCUUCUCGAUUCAGGCCUGCAUUGCGCUGGCCUUUGCUGGCGCCAAGGGCGAUACAGCGGAUGAGAUUGCCAAGGGUAUGCGUUACGUGUCCAAUUUCCCCCCCGAGGUGGCCGAAACAUUCCAGUUUGUGCUGCAAAAGUACAGGAAUAGCCCUCUACUAAAAGUGGCCAACAAGAUCUACGUGCAGCAGGGUCAUCCGCUGAAGGCCGGCUAUGAGACGAGCAUCAAGCAGGAUUACAACUCGGAGGCGGAGUCCAUUGACUUUGCACUCAACGAUGCGGCGGCCAAGUCCAUCAACAGUUGGGUCAAUGCCAAAACAGAGGGCAAAAUCAGCGAACUCGUCUCCGCCGAUAGCUUCAAUGAGUACACCCGUUUGGUGCUGCUCAAUGCGCUGCACUUUAAGGGGAACUGGGCGCAUAAGUUCCCGGAGGCGAGCACCGAGGAGGAUGACUUCUGGACGGGCGAGGAGCAGAGCAUUAAACUGCCCUACAUGAAUCAGAAGGCCAAAUUUGGCUAUGCCUAUUUCGAGGAGCUCAACUGCACCGCACUGGACAUGCCCUACAUGAAUUCCGAUUUAUCGAUGCUGGUGCUGUUGCCCCAGGAGCGCGAGGGCCUCAAGGAGCUGGCCGAGAAGCUGAAGAGUGUCAAUCUGGUCGAUUUGGCCGACAAACUCGUCGUCGAAGAAGUCCAGGUCAAAUUUCCCAAAUUCAAGGUGGACUAUUCCGUCGAUCUGGGCGACAAACUGAAGCAGCUGGGCAUCACGAAAAUGUUUAAUGAUGGUGCCGAAUUCGAUAAUCUGCUGGAGACGCCUGAGGGACUUUUUGUGUCGAAGGUGUUGCACAAGGCGACGAUUGAGGUGAACGAGGAGGGCACCGAGGCAGCUGCUGCCACUGGUAUGAUCAUGAUGACGCGCAUGAUGAUGUUGCCGCUGCAGUUCCAGGCCGAUCGUCCCUUCCUCUACGUUAUCUGGAACAAGAAGAAUAUCGUUUUUGCCGGCGCCUUUGUCAAUGCGCCAAAUGCCAAUUAAGAUGUGCAAAGCAACCAUUAAUUUAUAAUUUGUUACAGCAUUUUGUUUUUCUAUUAAAUACAAAAAUUCAAAGCAUAUUAA